UCAAAAGUUGAAACGCGUUGGGAUAGGAACUAAGGAGAGGCUAUAUCAAUAAAUACUGUGAGAAACCAUUGAGUGAGAAAAGUAAGAUGGCCAGGAUUAGGAGAAUCAGUGCUGCUACUACUCCAGAGAAGGUGGACUGGUGAUCAUUAGAUUCAUAUAUAUAUAUAUACGAAACACUUCAAGCAGAAAAACAAACCAGAGCUAGAAUAUAUUUCUGAGUGAGAGAAUAAAAAAAUCUCAUCAGAAUUAUGACCAACUUCUUAUUUCGUCUCAAGUUACUACAUUUUUGUUUUUAUGUUUCCUUUUUCAUUCGUUGCAGACUCAGUAUGCACUCAGCGCUUCAGUUACAAAUACAAGAUAAUCAUGUCACGAUAGAUAAUGAUGUCAUCCGAUUAACCUUGUCCAAGCCUGGAGGAAAUGUAAUGGAGAUACAAUACAACGGUGUUGACAAUGUACUCGAAGUGCGAAACCAGGUCGACAAUACCGGGUACUGGGAUCUCAAUUGGAGGGAACCACAAAGUAGGGAAAUGUAUUACAGGAUAACAGGAACAGAUUUUACCGUCAUUAAGGAAGACGAGGAGCAGGUAGAGCUUUCAUUUACCACAACAUGGAACCCGUCUGUUGAGGGCAAAGUCUGCCCCUUGAAUAUAGACAAAAGGUUUAUUAUGCUACGCGGUUGCUCUGGUUUCUACACCUAUGCAAUUUACGAGCAUUUGGAAGGAUGGCCUGAUUUUGACCUCACCCAAACCAGAGCUGUUUUCAAGCUUAGGGAAGAUAUAUUUCAUUACAUGGCCAUAUCUGAUGAUAGACAAAGGACGAUGCCGAUGCCUGAAGAUCGCAUUGCAGGUCUACCUUUAUCUUACCCAGAAGCAGUUCUGUUAACAAAUCCAACCAAUUCAAACCUAACUGGAGAGGUGGAUGACAAGUACCAGUAUUCUUGCGAGAAUCAACAUAAUAGGGUCCAUGGUUGGAUUAGCUCUGAUCCUGCCAUUGGGUUCUGGAUAAUUACUCCUAGCGAUGAGUUUCGUACUGGUGGACCUGUCAAACAAGACCUGACCUCUCAUGUUGGACCCAUCUCACUUGCAAUGUUUGUUAGUCGUCACUAUGCUGGGGAAGAGGUAGAUUUAAAAUUCCGAAAUGGAGAAGGUUGGGAAAAAGUGUUUGGCCCUGUUCUUAUAUACCUCAACUCCAUUUCAGACGCCGAAGAACUAUAUGCAGCACAUUGGGAAGAUGCAAAACAACAGAUGAUGAGUGAAGUUCAAAAUUGGCCAUAUGACUUCCCAGCUUCGGAUGAAUUUCUUUGUUCUGAUCAACGUGGAACUGUUAGAGGUCGAUUACUGGUCCAGAUUAGUGAAGAGGACUAUGCAUCGGCAGAUUCUGCUUAUAUAGGAUUAGCUCCUCCAGGGCAGAUUGGUUCAUGGCAAAGAGAAGGCAAGGGUUACCAAUUUUGGACUAUAGCCGACAAUGAAGGAUCCUUUUGUACAAGCAACAUUCUACCAGGAGAAUACAAUCUUUUCGCAUGGAUCCCGGGUUUUAUUGGAGAUUACAGAUACAACAGCAACCUUAUGAUUGAGCCAGGAUCUGAUAUCGAUCUGGGUGAUCUUGUAUAUGAACCUUCAAGAGAUGGUUCUAUAAUUUGGGAGAUUGGCAUUCCGGAUCGUUCUGCGCACGAGUUUUACAUUCCUGAACCAAACCCAAAGUUCAAUAAUAGACUAUUUGCUGAAAAUCAUUUCAAUUGCUCAAGUUCGGUCGAGAAGUAUAGGCAGUAUGGAUUGUGGGAAAGGUACACAGAGUUAUAUCCUGAUAGCGAUCUUAUCUAUACGGUUGGCACAAGUGACUACACAAAGGACUGGUUUUUCGCACAAUUUACCAGGUUUAAAGAAGACGGUACAUUUCAAGCAACUACAUGGCAGAUACAAUUUACGCUGGACAAGUUGGAUGAACCCGGAACCUACAAAGUAAGAUUAGCCCUGGCAUCAGCUACAGAUGCAGAACUACAGGUUCGAUUCAACGACGAGAACGUAUUUCCUCCUCAUUUCACGACGGGAUUAAUCGGCAAGGAUAACGCAAUGGCUAGACAUGGAAUUCAUGGAUUGUAUUGGAUGUACGAUAUAAAUGUAUCAAGCAGUAUGUUAGUGCGUGGAAACAAUACUAUUUUCUUAACUCAAUCUAGAAGCUCUGGUCCUUUUCAGGGGAUCAUGUAUGAUUAUAUCCGCUUAGAGGAUCCCUUGUUUUCCUUGAAUAAUAGAACAAAUCUAGGUUGAGCAUCCAAUGUAACCAAUGGAAAUUGAAAGUCUUUUCGCUUAUA